GGAAGCGACGCCAAAAACCCCAAAUCCCCAUAGCUCCCCACGACCCCACCCCGACUCCCAAAAUCUCCGCCUCGCCGGAAGAAGAAGCCGCCGUUGGGGCCGGCGCCUGCGGCUGCCAAGAAGAAGGAGGCGGCGGCGGCGAUGCCCGCAGCCAAAAAGCGCGCAUCCGGUGGAACCGCCGGGAGCAGGCCACUGAAACGGGCACGGGAUGACAUCGAUGACGCCGAUCUCAUCAGCAACCUUCCCGAUGUCAUCCUCGGCACCAUUAUUUCCCUUCUCCCCACCAAGGAUGGCGCCCGCACGCAGGCCAUCGCUCGCCGAUGGCGCCCGCUCUGGCGCUCUGCGCCUCUCAACGUCGACGCCGAGGACCUCUCCACCGACGAUUCCAGGUACGAGACCCGUCGCCGCGGACCUCGACCCACGACGAAAUCCAUCAUCUCCACGAUCCUCUCCGACCACCCUGGCCCUGUCCGCCGUUUCGACUUCCGCUUGAUCUGCAUCUACCCAACAAAAAGAGGGUACGGAAAGGAUGCCGCACAUAUCGAGAGCUGGUUGCGCUCCCCAAGCCUGGACAACCUUGAGGAGCUCAACGUGUUCUUCCCGAUCUCGAUUCUAGCAGAUCAGACUAAGUUUUACCCACUGCCAUCGUCCGUGCUCCGAUUCGCAUCAACCCUCGUCGUCGCCACAAUCGGCUACUGUGAUUUCCCAAAUGAAAUACUAGCUUCUUCGCUGAAUUUCCCCCUCCUCAAGCAUCUCACCAUACAGCGUGUUUCCAUCUCCGAGGAUAUCUUCCAUGGGGUGUUCUCUGCGUGCCAUGUGUUGGAGACCCUAUUUCUGCAGGAAAAUGACAUGGCCUACCUCCACAUUAGCUCUCCAACUCUUACAAGCAUUGGCUUCGAAGAUUGUUAUGUGGGUGAAGGGGGAUUGGUUAUUGAGGACACCCCGAACCUUGAAAGGCUGCUUUGUCUAGGUUUGGAUUGUGGGACUAUCAGGGUGAAUAGGGCACCUAAACUGGGGAUAUUGGGCCCUUUGUCACCCCGCAACUCCAAUAUUCAGAUUGGAAACUUAGUCUUUCAGGGGUUGAUCCCGACCAGCUUGAACAAUUCAAUAUGCACCGUGAAGGUUUUGGCUCUCCGAUUUACUUGGACUAAUUUGGAUGCAGUUCUUAACAUUCUCAGGUUCUUCCCUUGCUUGGAAAAACUUCAUGUUCUGUGGAACAAAUUCUUGAAGGCAAAGAUGGAAAAUGUCCAUCAUUAUGAUCCACUAGACCCAAUCAAAUGCCUUGAGACCCAUCUCAAGAAAAUAGUGUUGAAGAAUUACAAAGGCGACGAGCGAGACGUUAGCUUUGCCAAAUUUUUUCUUUUGAGUGCAAAAGUGCUAGAUGAAAUCAAAUUUGAACUGAAUGAGAUGAUCGACGAGAAAUGGGUGGCUGAUCAACACGGGCUGCUGGAGGUGGAAACUAAAGCUUCUCCAGAUGCUCAAAUCAAAUUCAUACGUGGUUCUUCGUAUUUAAAUGCGAAGUUAGAUAUCCAUGACUUGUCAACUUCCGAUCCCUUCAACAGCCUUUGUGCAGAUCGGCCUUUCAGAAGAAGCAGAAUCAUAUGACAGAUUCCGUUGGCUGAAAAAUCAAGACUACGCUGAUACCUGAAAAUCAUAUUCUCUUUUGCUAGUUCUUAUGGUGACGAUGCUUGAAUAUUAUGUUGCCUACAUUCCAAUCCUUAAAUUUGUCAUGGGUGCUAAAUUUCUAGUUUAAAGUUGCUUUGUAAUUCCUAACAUGGUAUGUCAUGCAAAUACUUUAAUGUCAAAAGUUACAACUGUGAGCUAGUAAACUCA